AUGCACUUCUCUUCCACCCUCCUCGCCUUCCUCGCCUCCGCAUCCCUCGCAUCCGCCACCUUCGGCCACGGCAUAAAAUUCUCCUGGGAAUGCGACAAGGACACGCGCGAUAAGGCUCCUCAACCCGUCAAGAACGACUGUUCCGGCCGUGGCGACUUCUUUACCCACUUCCUCGGCAAGGCCGUCUGCUGCAGUGACAAGACACGAGUUCCACCACCCAAGGAUGACGACUGCCCCCACAACUGGGCAUGGAAUAAGCGUGUCAAGUGCUGUAUCCCACCCAAGCCCGUCUGCGAGAAGGACUGCGGUGAGGGCUACGUCUUCAACAAGGUCACGAUGAGGUGCGACCGCAAGGAGGUCAACAAGUGCGGCAAGGGUCAAUGGUGGCACGACCGUAACAAGGAGUGUUGCGACUUUGACUGGUCAUGGGACCGCGGAACCUGCCCCAAGGGCAAGAAGUGCCCUACCAAAUGGCACUGGUCCAAGAAGUACAACCGGUGCAAGCCCGACACUCCCCGCACACCCGAGCCCGACUGUGACGACUGGAACGACCACAACGGAUGCUGCGGUGGCCCUCCUCCCCCCGGUCCUUCCCCCAAGCCCGUCCACCCCAUCCCUGCGCCACCUACUCCUCCUCACGCUGGCGGUCCCAAGAACCCCGCUGGACCUGGACCCAAGCCAGCCGGACCUCCCGCCGGUGGACCCCAGCCGGCUGGACCUCCCGCCGCCCCCGGUCACCCCAAGCGCAACACCCACGCCCGCCGCACCCAGAUCGCCUUCCCCAAAUCCGAGAUCGACGAGAUGUACUGCCCCGACGUCCUCCACGCCUGCUCCAUCAACACCGUCGUCGGCGGCGAGUGGGCCUACGAGUGCAUCGACUUUGCGACCGAGCUCGAGUCAUGUGGCGGGUGCGCAUCGACCGGGGAUGGGCAGGACUGCACCAAGAUCCCGCAUGCGAUCUCGGUUGGAUGCGACUUUGGUACCUGCAUCGUCAACACAUGCCAGCAAGGCUUCGUCGCGAACGGUACAUCUUGCGUCACUCCUUGA